AUGUUUUGUGGAUUAACGACAAUAGCUGCUACGUUCUUUUGGUCAAUCAUUAGUAUUUGGAUUCUAGUCGCUCAAUGUUGUUGUUGUAAAAGGAAGAAAAAAGAAAAACGUACUGCUGCAGAGAUAUUUAUGGAGAGCUUGAUACAAGAAGAUAUACGAUUAUAUAGAGAAGAAUUGCGGAAACAACGAAACGACGCUAUUAAAGCAAUGGAAGAGGAAAAGAAGGUUAAAAAACUGGAAAAACCAUCAUCAACCGAAAAGAAAAAAUCCUCUUCAUCCCCUUCAAAUAAUAAGAAAAAAACAAAAGCAUCGGGGAUUGUUGGACCGCAAAGUAGCAGUGAGGAAAUGUUGGCAUUAAAGAAAGGGAAAAAAGUUUCAGCUGUUCUUGCUGCUGAAGAAUCUCAGAAACGGGAAGAAAGUAGUCUAAAAUCGAGUAGAGACGAUGUUGAUGAUAAUCCAGACUAUGACACUUUGGAUUUUGUUGAAAAGUUGGAUGUAUUCAAGAAAGAUGGGAAGAAGAAGAAAAAGAAGAGCCAGGACUGAUAAAUGUACCAUUUGUGGAAGUGGGUUAAUGGAAUGGAUGUUAACUGUUUUUUGUAUUCUGGAAAAUAUAUAGAUGAAGGAAAUGUGAUAAUAAGUAUAAUUUUAUUGAUAUUAUUGUUAUCUAAUAUAGUGCGUC